AUGCCAUCUAAGAACUCCAUUAACAGGCCAAAGCAAAAGGUUAACUUGAACCGUAAGGUUCAUCAACGUGCUGCCAAGAGAGAUGCUAUGGAAAAGAAGGGUUUAUUGGCACCAGCAAGAUCUUCAGGAACAUCUAAAUCUGGUCAGUUGAAGAGUAUACCAUUGGAUCUUUACAAAGGCGAGCAUUCGACCUCUGGUGCUCUUACGACCAAGACUCUUUCGAAGAAAAGAGCAAAGAAGAUCGAACGUAACUUGAAAUACGUGGAACAAAGAAAACUAUUAGUUGAUCUACAAUCUCAAAGUGAGGAAAACGGUGGUAUGCAGAUUGAUGCGCCUGUUGUGAAGAAGGAGAAGGAAACCAAGAAAGGACAAUUGGAAAAGAUGAGAGAGGCUAUUUCCACGGUGUUGGAAGAUAUUCAAUCUCAAGGUUUAUCCCUUCAGACAGGUUCUGGUACAACUCUAGGUGGUCAGUAUUUCUUGUAG